AUGGAUCCCGCAGCUGCUAAUGGAGGCCCGGUUAUGGCGGAGGAUAAUAUCAUCAAUCGAAGAGGGGGGGAAUCGUUAUUCCAGAGCUGCGCAAGCCUGAAAAAGAGACUUGCUGAGGUCCCUGGUUUCGAACCCCAUCUUGCAGAAAUGGCAGAGAUGGACAGAGCGGAUGAGGCGAUAGAUCCUGUUGCUUCUAUAUGGAGAUGUCUGCGGCAAGGUUAUCCGCUAAUGACAAUCUUCAACGCCUCCAAGCCUGCAGAGCCCCUUACUAUCGACACUGAUAAAGUCCCAGAGGCAAGACGGCCAAAGGCAGCGGCUUUUAAGUUUCUCCAAGCUUGUUUGUUAGAGUUGGAGUUUCCCCAGCAGGAAUGUUUCCUUAUCACUGAUCUUUAUGGGGAAAACACAACGGGCUUUGUGAAGGUCAUUAAAAUGGUCAGCCGCGUUCUAGAUAUUCUUGAAAUGCGUGGUCAGCUUUAUCAACAUUCUGCAACAGCCGCCGGUCCAAACCAAGGUGAAAAGGUCAAGCUUACUCGGAAAGAGCAUAUUUUGAAAGAGAUGCUGGAAACAGAACGAGAUUAUGUCCACCACCUUCAAAAUUUGCAAGCGUUAAAAAAGGAAUUGGAGGAAACUGGGGCGCUGAAUGGCGAUUCGAGCCAUCAGAUCUUUUUGAAUCUUAAUAACCUUCUUGACUUUGCUCAGCGAUUUCUUAUUCGUAUGGAGCAACACAAUGCCCUCCCUGAAGAUACGCAGAACUGGGGAGACCUUUUUAUCCAACAUCAGGAAGGAUUUCGCCAGUACGAACCUUUUAUCGCCAAUCAACUUCGAUGCGAUGCUGUUUGUGCAAAGGAAUGGGAUAAAAUCAAGGCUGCGCCACGGUCUAUUGACCUCCAGCAAAUGGUGGCACAGCAGUCCACUCUAAAUGGAUUUUUCGUCAAACCAUUUCAACGUCUUACUAAGUAUCCUAUGAUGCUCUCGGAACUGAAAAAGCAGACCAAUCGCGAAGACCUUGUUGCCGACAUUUCCACUGCCAUUGACAUUGUUCAAGCGGUUUUAGACCAAGCAAACCGUGCAGUUGACAAAGAACACUUGGCCAACGCCGUUGCCGAUCUCGCUUCUCGUGUUGAUGAUUGGAAAGCCCUUAAAGUUGAUAUAUUUGGUGAACUGCUUCGGUUCGGCACUUUCACCGUGCUGAAGGGUGACGGAGGCAGAGAUUCAGAAAGAGAGGUUCGUACGGCCCUUUCACAGUUUAAUACCCAACAUUGGCCCAUUCGGUAUCGCCGCCCUUCCCUACGUAGGCAAUCUGUGAAAAUCCGCAUGUGUCUGUUAGGUGUCGAUUCCCUGACACCCAAUCAUCCCUCCCCAACAAGGCUAUCUGGAUUCUAUCCCUCUGGAACUCCUUCCCAGGACCCGUCCCCUAGAUUAUCUGAGUUUACGGUUUUCUCGAGGAAAUCAAGCUUUUGCUCUACGACCUUGAAAGGAUUUGGCCUUCCCCUGGUGGAGAAAUCUCACCCACCUCUUGCAUCUAAUGGACCUGGGCAACUAGAACACUUCCACCCACAAUCCAACAUUUCCAUGGCAGAUGAUUUCCCGAGAUCUUACAAAAUCCAAAUCUUCUGGAAAGGUGAUCCAGGUGUUGUCGACAACUUUUCCAUUCGCUAUACAAAUGAGGAUACUAUGCGCAAAUGGUACAAAGAUAUCGACACUCAACGAGCUAUUCAAAACGAGGAGAGGGCCACCCGGCACACUGGCACCUCUGAAACAGAGUUCACCUACCUGAAGAUGGGACCCAAAAUUCAAAAUCCCUAUCAGGAGGAGUACGAAGCCGAGGAGGAGCUUUCUCGGGAAAAUACCAAUUUCUCAGACUUUUCAGUGUCUAGAAAUGCUUCAAGUACGAGUUUGCGGGCGCGGGCGCGGUCGGCUACAGGUGGUAGUAGCGGCUCUGGUUCAAUAUCGAGCCGACCUCAACGGUUUCCCAUGCCCGAACCACCUCUUUCGGUUUCGACCCAUUUCCCUAACGGGGCCAUAUCUCCCGGAGAUCGGAAUGGGAACUCCUAUUUCUCUCCAGUCACAGAGACUGGCUCUACACGUUCCAGCUCUCAGACCAUGUUUUCGUACUCACGCCAAGUCACACCAUCAACUCCUUGGAUGGAGGACUCCAACCGGUACACGGCUCCGGCAAUGCCAAGAGCAGCAUCGAAAGACGGCACAACCUCCAACCCAUACUUCACCCACAAUAACCAAAGGGGCGCCCAGCGUCCCUCACUCCCACCCCUUUCUUCGUCCCAUCAUUCCCAACAUGGUGGAAUGUCUCAGUCCAGAAUGCGAUCUGCAAGCAGCCCUGACAUCCACCACCAUUCCAAUGCACCCGACUCCCGCCGUCAUGUUAAUGGUCAUUGCGUGCAGGCGGUUGAUAAUGUCCCUGUUCCUCCUAUUCCCGCCCACAUGGCGAAUAUGAGAGCUCCAGUUAAUCGCAGCCAAACAAAUUCCCCAAUAAAUAACAAUCUUCCUAUCCGGUCCGCCACACAAUCACCAGGCGCUCAGCAACGUCAUGGGCACCCACAGGUCCCAUUCGCCGACGCACAGUUAUAUAAUCGGAUUGAUACUCGUUCACAGCCACCAGCCACAUCGAACCUCAUACAAGCCCCUCUAUCCUCUCCAAUGAGCCAAGACGGCGAGCAGGAACUCUACAUGCCUAGCCAAUUAAAAGCCAAAGUUAACUUCGAUGACAACUACGUCACAUUGGUCAUUGCAAGCAACAUUCUGUUCCGAUCUCUAACCGAUCGUGUCGACGCAAAGCUUGCUCGCUUCACGGACCGGUCUAUUGGGAACAAAUCCGUGAGACUGCGGUAUCGAGAUGAGGAUGGAGACUUUGUUACAAUUGAUAGCGAUGAAGCUGUUCAACUUGCCUUUAUGGAGUGGCGCGACCAGCACCAGAACAUGUUGGCCAAUGGGCAGGUUGGGGAAAUUCAACUAUUUUGCCAAGCCGUGGAAAAUUGA